AGUACCGAGGGCCGUAAAAAAAAAUAGUCAUCGGGUUCGUCACUCCUGUGCAUUCGUGCGGAUCGAAAUAUAAAAUCGCAAGGUAUAGAAUCGUCCAAUCAACAUCGUGACCUUGGACAUCACCUGUCCUUGGCAAUUGCCAUUUAAACUGGACAGUUCGAUACAGCAUACGAGUGAUUGCGUGCCGAGUAAAAAUGAUUAUUUAUCGACUCCUCCGUCCUCCUGGUGCUAUCGCAAACCAACAGAGAACAGCAGUGUACGGUAGAUUACAACUUGUUGCCACAUGUCAUGAGACUCCUGAUCAUUGAUGAAUCCGCUGCGCAUGCGAACACCACUGGCCAACUCCCUAGGGCCAGACCAAUUUUGUCGGUUGCCUUGUGCACGUGCGCCAACUGCCUCCAACGAUCCUUCAUCUCUCUCCAAUUCAUUCUGAUGGUUCAUCAGGUUGUCCUGCUUCACAGCUGCUCAACGCAGUUCAGUGUUACGUAGUAGUCAAGAUGGCAGAACUAACGGUAGCGACUCGUCCAGUGGUGCUCGGCACGUGGUGGGUGAGGGGGUUGUUAUCCGGUUAAAAUAGAAGGUGACAAUUGUUAUUUUGAAAGUCCAUUCGCGUGAGGUUUGAUGGACAUGAUUUAGCGGAGUCAAACGGUGGUUGACCUCGUGGUUCAUCAUGUUGAGAGGUUUUGAUCAAUAAUAUGCCUUGACCAGGAACCAACGAUGCAGGACUCGCCAACUUCCAAAUUCCAGAGAUCAUCCUAUUGGGUCUGAGACUCCAUCAUCGCUCCUGGUGAUGACAGGAAUCAAUAGACAGCUCAACAGGUUGAGAACAACUUCAUCUGUUCGUUCAUGAAGAAGAAUCGAACGACAUCGCCAUUGAAAUGACACCAAAAUCAACAACAAAGUGAUAUUUUAAUGACGAUAAUCACUUCUGAAUGUUAGGUGUCAUCCAGUGAUGAUCUGGGAACCAGCUGAGGUCCACCGUCGAUUGCUCCUCUGGUAUUCGAGUGUUCUGGGGACUGAUGAAUCAUUGAAUAGCUCAACAGGUUGAGAACAACUUCCUCAGCGGCAUCUGUGUGUCACGAAUUCCAGUGAAUUCCUGGCAUUUGCAGCGAUUGUAAAAUCGGUAACGAGGUGGCGAUUUCCUGAUGAUGAUCGACCACUUCUGCUGCUCAUCGGUGCUGAAGCUGCGACUGUUUGAGGUCAUAGGGGAUUCUGAUGGUCAUGCAACAUCAGCUGAUUUUAAAAUUACGAUUAAUCUUUCUACGAUUUUUGGAAAAAUAGGACAGACUUUUCCUACGCACACGUGCGCAGGGGUGGCACGUACGACAGCUUAGGGACAACUGGGGUGUGGCGAACGCACCCUGGAGGGGAUGUUCGAGCUGAGUGAUGUGACGAGAGGCCUGAGGUGUGCAGUUGUGGAUCGUUAUCAACUGAAGUUUGUUCACGAUAGCGAAUUCACUGACGCAACAAGCGACAGCUGCUCAAAAUCUUCAGUCGUAGUAGCGGAGUGACCCUUCCUCAUUAGUUCUAAUUAUCCAUUAAUUAAUUUGAAAAUUGUUGUGCCAUUGACAGUCUUCGGGGAAUAGUUGAGUGGAAUAAUCUAUUCGUUAUUUUGUUCUGUGCUGUGAUUUUGGGGAAAAACGUGGGGUUUGUUUAUUUAUCAUUUGUCUAGUUAUCAGAAGACACACCCAUUGCACGUCGUCAAAGGAGUGAACAAUUUUUUAUUACGUCGACCUUGGACCUAUCGAACGUUGUCCUGCUUUGGCUUUUAAUGGGUUGAACGGUUCAUAAAAUUUAAUUUGAAAUCGUUUAAUUUUUAUGCGAAUUGUUAUCUGUGAGGCGAGGACACUAUUAACUCUUUAACUGAUAAUUAUGUCAUCCUAUUUGAAUGAAUUUGGAUGAUUAAUUGGUGUCUGAAGAUUUACUCAGAAAAAUGGUUUAUUUGAAUCCCAUAAACAACAUAUAUUUUGCAAUAUUUGAAUGAACUUGUUUAUUUCAUUUAAGUAAAGUAUUUAUUUGGUUCUUCGAAAAAGUGUAUUAAUCAUUUUUAAAUCGACAUUUACACGUCAUUCAUUAAGAAAUACCUGAAUGAUGUUUUUUCGUUUAAUUGUGCGCAAUUUAGAACUUCCGGGAUGACCUUGAUAGCCAGAAAAAUGAAAAAACCAACAGUAUUUUAAUUUUGUCGUGAACUUCAGUGACACUGAAGCCUAGUGAAUGCUCUCAAAUCGAUAAUACCGAGAAGACUCUUGAAGAAAUUUGUAAAAUAAUUCUUGAGGAAAAAUAGACAUUGGGGAGCGAUUAAGCUGGUGGUGGAGAGGAAGAGCUGCUUUACCGGUGUUAUCGCGGUUAAUAUAACACUCGUGAUGAAUUUUCGAAAAUGUGCGGAGUGAGCCUUCCACGCUGGCAGACUAGAAACAGUCGAGAUAAUGCUGUUGCAUGAUUUAAAAAUUUUUGGAUAAUAAGAUAUCGGAGAGAUGGAUUUAAUCAGAAAUCGAGCUGCGAGGAGAUUCGAUCAAUUGCGAUCACGAUGCCGGAUCUACUUCGAUGGACAGAGCAUUGGAAGUAGAGCUGACAAUGGGGGCUCGCAGGGUGAUGACAGGCGUCCUCCUGAUCAGGACAGCCAGGAGGAAAGAGUAGUAUUCAUAAAUGCUCCACAUCAGCCAGCCAAAUACAAAAACAAUCACAUUACAACGGCUAAGUACUCAUUACUCUCUUUCAUCCCCUCAUUUCUCUUCGAGCAAUUUCGGAGGUACAGCAACUGUUUCUUCCUGUUCAUCGCACUCAUGCAGCAAAUCCCCGAUGUUUCACCCACUGGACGUUAUACGACACUCGUUCCACUUAUCUUCAUCCUCAGUGUAUCGGCCCUGAAGGAAAUUGUUGAAGACAUCAAAAGACACAGAGCAGAUGACGAGAUAAACAUGCGAGAGGUAGAGGUUUUGCGUGACGGUAAAUGGCAGUGGAUUCAGUGGAGAUCUGUCGCUGUAGGUGACGUCGUAAAAGUGCACAACAACAAUUUCUUCCCAGCAGAUUUGAUUCUCCUGUCGUCCUCGGAGCCCCAGGGAAUGUCCUUCAUAGAAACCGCCAAUCUCGAUGGUGAAACAAACCUCAAGAUUCGUCAGGCUCAUCCUGAGACAGCAAUGCUGCUGGAUACAGUGGAGCUGAUGAAUUUCAAGGCGAACAUUCAGUGUGAACCUCCAAAUCGUCAUCUCUACGAGUUCAUGGGCGUUCUUCGUGAGACAAACAAACAGCAUGUUGCACUCGGCCCAGAUCAAUUGCUCCUCCGUGGGGCUAUUCUCAGGAACACCCGGUGGGCCUUUGGAGUUGUUGUCUAUACAGGUCAUGACACAAAACUCAUGCAAAACAACACGACAACAGCUCCACUGAAACGAUCUACUCUGGAUCGUCUCACCAACACCCAAGUGCUGAUGCUCUUUUUCAUUCUUCUACUCCUGUGCCUUGUGUCCGCCAUUUUUAAUGUCCUGUGGACAAAUGCCAAUGAGGAUGGCCUGUGGUACUUGGGCCUGGAAAACAUGACAGGAAUGACAAAGAACUUCGCCUUCAACCUUCUGACCUUCAUAAUCCUCUUCAACAACUUGAUUCCAAUUUCCCUCCAAGUGACUCUGGAAGUAGUUAGAUUCAUUCAGGCAACCUUCAUCAACAUGGACAUCGAGAUGUAUCACGCUGAGACAGAUACACCAGCAAUGGCCAGAACGAGCAAUCUCAACGAAGAAUUGGGAAUGGUAAAUUACGUGUUCACAGAUAAGACGGGAACAUUGACAAAGAAUGUGAUGGAAUUCAAGAGAUGUUCAGUUGGAGGAAAAAUUUAUGAUUUACCAAAUCCAUCAGCUCCUGGUGGCUCUGGUGAACACAACAGUGAUCUCAUACGAGACAUUGUCGAUGGUAGAGGUGAUGCUAAUAAUCCAAGAUCUAGUGAUAAAAAAAAAUCCAAUCAUGCUGAUGUCAUUCACGAAUUUAUGGUGAUGUUGUCAGUGUGUCAUACGGUGAUUCCUGAACGUGUGAAUGGACACAUAAUCUAUCAUGCAGCUUCACCUGAUGAGAGAGCCCUUGUUGAUGGGGCCAGAGCCUUUGGCUAUAUUUUCGAUACGAGAACACCGAGUUAUGUGGAGAUCGAAGCACUGGGAGUGAGAUAUCGGUAUGAGAUUCUCAAUGUCAUUGAAUUCACGUCAGCGAGAAAGAGGAUGUCAGUGAUAGUUAAAACACCGGAAGGAAAAAUAAAAAUAUUUUGCAAAGGAGCGGAUUCUGUUAUCUAUGAGAGAUUAACAUCGAGAGCUGGUGAUCCUGGUGAUUACGAUGGUGAUGAUGAUUUCAGGCAAGCGACUCUCGAUCAUCUUGAGGCAUUUGCCUCCGAGGGAUUGAGAACAUUGUGCUUUGCUUCGGCGGAUAUUCCUGAGAACAGGUACAACUGGUGGAGGGAAAUUUAUCAUAAAGCUGAAGUGACGAUGACGGAUAGAGAGGCUAAAUUGGAGGAUGCUGCGUCGUUGAUUGAGUCCAAACUCAAUUUACUGGGGGCCACAGCUAUCGAGGAUCAUCUACAGGAUCAGGUCCCGGAAACCCUUCAAGCCCUCAUCGAAGCCGAUAUCAAUGUCUGGGUUCUGACAGGUGACAAACAGGAGACCGCCAUCAACAUCGGUUACUCCUGUAAAUUAAUCACUCAGUCCAUGCCAUUGAUUAUAGUAAACGAGAGCUCCUUGGACAAAACAAGAGACGUAAUUGUCCAACACUGUUCGGACUUUGGGCCAGAUCUCAGGUGUCAGAAUGACGUUGGCCUUGUGAUCGAUGGAAAUAGCCUCAAGUACGCACUCUCCUGUGAUUUACGGAGGGAUUUUCUAGAUCUUUGUACGUCCUGCAAGGUAGUGAUAUGCUGUCGAGUCUCUCCAAUGCAAAAGGCUGAGGUUGUUGAUCUCGUAACGACAAAUACCAAAGCUGUCACGUUGGCUAUUGGCGAUGGUGCCAAUGACGUUGCAAUGAUUCAGAAAGCUCAUAUUGGCGUUGGUAUAUCUGGGGUCGAGGGACUUCAGGCGGCUUGUGCCUCUGAUUAUUCGAUAGCCCAGUUUAGAUUUCUCAAGAGGCUUCUCUUCGUUCAUGGCUCCUGGAAUUACAGCAGAAUGUGCAAACUUAUUUUGUACUCAUUCUACAAGAAUAUUUGUUUAUAUGUUAUUGAAUUGUGGUUUGCCAUUUAUUCCGGCUGGUCCGGUCAAAUUCUCUUCGAGAGAUGGAGCAUUGGACUCUAUAAUGUUGUAUUCACAGCUGCACCACCUCUCGCUAUGGGAUUAUUUGAUAAGGUGUGCUCGGCGGAAACGCAUCUUGCACAUCCGAGAUUAUAUGCUGCCAAGAACACAAACGAAUCUACAUUUAAUAUUAAGGUAUUUUGGGUUUGGAUCAUCAAUGCAUUAGUUCACUCGUCUCUACUGUACUGGUUAUCAUUAUUGGCACUGAAACAUGAUGUGAUUUGGUCGAAUGGACGAGACGGAGGUUACAUAGUACUAGGAAAUUUUGUAUAUACUUAUGUGGUAGUUACUGUUUGUGGAAAAGCUGGCCUCAUAACAAAUUCAUGGACGUGGUUUACCCAUUUAGCCACAUGGGGAUCGAUAAUACUUUGGUUCUUGUUUAUAUUGAUAUACAGUAAUUUUUGGCCAGCACUGAACGUUGGAGCUGUUAUGCUUGGUAAUGACAGAAUGCUAUUUUCAUCUCCUGUUUUCUGGUUGGGAUUGGUUCUCAUUCCUUCAGCUGUUUUACUCGUCGACGUCACAGCAAAAGCUGUGAAGAAUACUAUGUUUAAGUCCCUAACGGAAGCAGCAAGGGAGCAAGAAAUUCGUAAAUCCGAUCCUGGUCAUUUAUUCACUAAUCAAGAUUACCGAAGCUCAUUGACGGAGACUGCCAGGCUCCUGAGAAACGUUAAAAGUGUUUUCAUGAGGAGAUCUAAUGCCACGACGAGAGUCAAUGUCGAGGUCGAGCUGUCACAUGGAUUUGCAUUCUCACAAGAGGAAGGAGGUUCGGUGACUCAGACCGAUGUGAUAAGGGCGUACGACACAAAUCUUCCGAAACCGGGAGGCAUGUGAUUCUACAAAAAACUCGUGAUAUCACGGUGUAUGUAACAACCCAAGACUUGUGUUUAAUUUUCAAUUCAGAGGAACUCGCCUUGUCUCAGGUCAUUCUCAUCAUAAGCAAUAACACCACGAAAAAUUGAUGGAAAAAUUUACAAAAAUUUAGAAUUAGAAGAAAAGAGCGAAACAAAAAUGACAGUAGCGACGUGGUAAAAAGAGAUUAGUCACUUUUAACUAGUGAUUAGUUUUUAACGAAUAUUUUGAAAUCAUAUUCAUAAUCUGUUGACAAUUAACAAGUGGUUUGUUUGCAAAUAAAUCGCAGAAAAACUUCGACUAUCCGUCAGCAAAUUUCAUUGAAUUUUCUCGGAAGUAGCGAAAGUGAAUGAGCGCUUUUUGAUAAAAUUGUAAAUUGCAACAAAAGUCGGAUUUUCCCCCAAUAAUUAUAAAUUAUUUUAGACCGCAUUCAUGCAUUAUUUUUUUUGUUUAACUAUCUGUAAAUUAUGUAAAAUGAGUGAAUAGCAAUAUUGAGGAAUUUUCAUUUGUUGUUUAUCGAUUGUAUUGAAGUGAUUCCCCUGUUUUAUUUAUGAUUUACCCCUAUGCAGUCGACAGAACAUGUUCAUACCUGAUACAUAAAAAUGUCCACUGAAUAUUAUUUUAUGAAAAACAAUAUUUUUAUUUUUCAAUAGAACUCCAAUUGAAUUUUCUGACGGAUGCGCUAUAAAUUUCGUCAAUAUUUUCGAUAAUCUGACGCAUUGCCGAUGAAUGAAUUUUUGAUCGGAUGUACAAAAGCACAAUAAACGCCGAAAUACUCCCAACAAUUUUCACUCACCUCAAGACAACACUAUUCAAUGGAUGGCCUGUACCGAGUCCUUUAAUUAAUUAAAACCGGGCAAAACACUACCGAAAGUCGCCGAAUCUCAGUUGCCGAUGACAGUUAAUGAUGAAUAAAAAUAAAUGAUCAAUUUUCAAACAAUUACAGAAAGAAGACAAUUAAACCACUGAAAUUAUUUUUGUAGACUGUUUGAUAAUUACGUAGGAAAAGUGGGGGUGAUCUGGGUAUUAAUUUUAUUACUCACGAUGUAUUGAAUAAACAUUAAAAUCAUCCGGACGUUGGACUUAUUGACUUUACACGCAUUAAAAAAUUCUAAAACUCUUCUCUCUAAUAUUAAAACUGCUCUGUCAUCGUGGCAAAGAAACGGCAUAAUAGCAAACAAUAAUCUAGUUGAAUGUAUCAAACAAAAAAAAAAUAGUUAUUGUCGAGAGAUUUUUGGGAGAUUCAAUGUGAAUAAUGAGAUGACAAGAAUGAAAUUUUAAAAAAAUUAGAAGAAAAAAUAGCGCAGCAAGUACCUUGGGCAUUGGAUGAGCCCUUAAAAACUCGUAUUUUAUAUAUUUUGAGACAAAUGUGCGAGGAAUUGCGCUACCAAAAAAAACUGCAACCUAUCGUUACACAAAGAAAACUAAAAAAGUAACAAUUAUAUAAGAAGAAUAAGAGACUGUUUCAUUACUACGUCUUAAUCGUUCAACUUUCAAUUGCUACAUGUAAAGUGUAUAUAAUUUUAUUUAUCUUCAUCUAGUCGCAUGCUGUUGAUUAUUUUAUUCGCCCCAAGAAUUAUCUGUAAAAAUUUUUUUUCUCCAGAAAUCAUUGUUCAAUUAUAUUUUUAUUAAUGAUAUUUGUCAUAGGAAUUUAUCGAGAGAAUUGUCGGUGUAUAAAUCAUGUUCUUAACAGGAGAAAGAGUAUAAAAAGAGAUAAAUAAAUGUGUACAAGAUUUACCAUGAA